GUUGCGGAAGUGACGGCAGUUCCGUGUCCUGUAGGGGCGGUGGGAGCGAUGAGGGCACUGAGGCUGUGGUAGCCGUUGUGUGAAGAUGGAGUUUCCCGGAGGAAGUGACAAUUACCUGACGAUCACUGGACCCUCGCACCCCUUCCUGUCAGGGGCCGAGACGUUCCAUACACCAAGCUUAGGCGAUGAGGAGUUUGAAAUCCCACCCAUCUCCUUGGAUUCUGAUCCCUCACUGGCUGUCUCGGAUGUGGUUGGACACUUUGAUGACCUGGCAGACCCUUCCUCCUCUCAGGAUGGCAGCUUUUCAGCCCAAUAUGGGGUCCAGACAUUGGACAUGCCUGUGGGCAUGACCCAUGGCUUGAUGGAGCAGGGCGGGGGGCUCCUGAGUGGGGGCUUGACCAUGGACUUGGAUCAUUCUAUAGGAACUCAGUAUAGCGCCAACCCACCUGUUACAAUUGAUGUACCAAUGACAGACAUGACAUCUGGCUUGAUGGGGCAUAGCCAGUUGACCACCAUUGAUCAGUCAGAACUGAGUUCUCAACUUGGUUUGAGCUUAGGGGGUGGCACCAUCCUGCCACCUGCCCAGUCACCUGAGGAUCGUCUUUCAACCACCCCUUCACCUACUAGUUCACUUCAUGAGGAUGGUGUUGAGGAAUUCCGGAGGCAACUUCCCAGCCAGAAGACAGUUGUGGUGGAAGCAGGGAAAAAGCAGAAGGCUCCAAAGAAGAGAAAAAAGAAAGAUCCUAAUGAACCUCAAAAACCAGUUUCAGCAUAUGCUUUGUUCUGUGACACACAAGCUGCCAUCAAGGGACAGAAUCCCAAUGCCACUUUUGGGGAGGUUUCAAAAAUUGUGGCCUCCAUGUGGGACAGUCUUGGAGAGGAGCAAAAGCAGGUGUACAAGAGGAAAACUGAAGCUGCCAAGAAAGAGUAUCUGAAGGCUCUGGCUGCUUAUAAAGAUAAUCAGGAGUGUCAGGCCACUGUAGAAACAGUGGAAUUGGAUCCAGCACCACCAUCGCAGACUCCUUCUCCACCUCCUGUGGCUACAACUGCUGACCCAGCAUCUCCAGCACCAGCCACAACAGAGCCUCCUGCCCUGUCUCCUUCCAUUGUUGUUAAUUCCACUCUUUCAUCCUAUGUGACAAACCAAGCAUCUUCUGGAGCUGGGGGUCAGCCCAAUAUUACCAAGUUGAUUAUUACCAAACAGAUGUUGCCUUCUUCUAUUACUAUGUCUCAAGGAGGGAUGGUUACCGUUAUCCCAGCAACAGUGGUGACCUCCCGGGGGCUCCAACUAGGCCAAACCAGUACAGCUACUAUCCAGCCUAGUCAACAAGCCCAGAUUGUCACUCGGUCAGUGUUGCAGGCAGCAGCAGCAGCAGCAGCUUCUAUGCAACUGCCUCCACCCCGACUACAACCCCCUCCAUUGCAACAGAUGCCUCAGCCCCCCACUCAGCAACAAGUGACCAUUCUGCAGCAGCCUCCCCCACUCCAGGCCAUGCAACAGCCUCCACCACAGAAAUUUCGAAUCAAUUUACAGCAACAGCCACCUCCGCUGCAGGUCAAGAUUGUGCCUCCACCCACUCUGAAAAUGCAGACUACCUUAGUUCCACCACCUGUAGAAAAUAGUCCUGAGCAGCCUAUGAACAGCAGCCCUGAGGCCCAUACUGUGGAGGAAACCUCUCCUGAGACAAUCUGUGAGAUGAUCACAGAUGUAGUUCCUGAGGUUGAGUCUCCUCCCCAAAUGGAUGUUGAAUUGGUGGAUGAGUCUCCUGUGACGCUCUCACCCCAGCCUCGAUGUGUGAGGUCUGGCUGUGAGAACCCUCCUGUUGUGAGUAAAGACUGGGACAACGAGUACUGCAGCAAUGAGUGCGUGGUGAAGCACUGCAGGGAUGUCUUCUUGGCCUGGGUAGCCUCUAGAAAUUCAAACACAGUGGUGUUUGUGAAAUAGUCCUUCCUGUUCUUCAAGCCAGUGAAGACUUAUCUGCUGGGAACAUGUCCACCGAGCUUUUUUUUUUAAAAGACAAACUAGGUUUCUGGUAGUGCCUGAUCUCAACCCAUGAUGGUCCUUGCUGCCCUUGAUGCUUCUCCUCUUUUAUCUCUCUUCAUCAGGGUCUAGGCUAUGGAGCAGGGCCAUUUAGUUUGCUAUAACCUGCAACUGCUUUUUACUUUCAAGAACAAGCAGAGAUAAACAGUAAUAACAGAGGAAAAGCUGGAAGGAAUAUGGACAAGCAGAACGUAGGGGUGUUGAUUGAGGGUGGUGGGGAUUAUGUGAGGAAACGUUGUUAUAAUUAUCAUAGGACUUGCCUAAAACAUUAUUAAAAUGGUAGGUGAGUGCUCAGUUUUGGGCCUAGGAGAAAAUACCACUGUGUGCAUCCAUCUUAAAAGGGCUAAAAGGUUGUAUUAAAGGUUAUUUCUUAAACAGGGAA